AUGUUUGCUGAGCAUCGAAGUUCAUUUAAUUAAAAAAAUAUUUUACUUUACUGCUAGUUCCAGUACCAUUCAAGUAGUAAUACUUUGCUGGACAUAAAACUUAAAAAAUGAUUAAAAUUAAUUUAUCUACAUUAAAACCUCUGCAUAUCAUCGGUAAAUAUUUGGGAAUAUGGCCGUCAUUUGAUACAAGCACAAUGGAAGUAUGCAAUUGUUAUUUUUGGUACGGUGUGCUAAUGCUGAUCAUACUAAUUUCUCAACAAAUAUACAUGAUCCUGGGAAGAGUCACCAUCUUGGAUCAGAUAGAUAACUCUGUGUUUAUUACUAUGUUACUUGCUGAUGUUACCACAACAGCUACAAACAUUUCUGCAAUCGUAAACAUUAAUUUUCUUCAAGCGAAGAGAUUGCAAACGUUUUUGCAGGAAAUACAUAGCCUAGAAUCUACUUUUUGUAAUAUCCGAAAGGACGAAUGCGGUGAACGUCGUAGGUUUUACAUUGAACUCAUCACCGGACAUAUUGUGAUUGCUGCUUAUAUGAUUUACAAUACUUGGCAAUGGACAGGAGUAAUCGGAUGGCAAAUGAGUCAAUAUUCAUUAAUGCAUGAUCUGCAAUUUUAUCAUAUACUUAUCAUGGUGCUCCUGAUACGUAACUACGUGCUUUUAAUCAAGUAUAAAAUUGAAACUUUAAAUUUCAUGUUAGAAAACUGUGGACCAAAUAAAUACAAUCAAGAAUGGAAUUUAGACUCGCUUAGUAAAUUAUACACAAAAGUUUCGAAUGUUAUUGAUGGAUUUAAUGAGAUUUUCGGGUGGAAUCUGAUGGUUUUACAAGUUCAACUCAUAGCGAAUUUAUUGGGACCUUUGAAUUUAGCAUUAGUUUAUGGCGGUGCUACUUUUAUGGGUAAACAAAUGGAUUUUAAUUUGUAUAUACUUUGUUUCAUCUGGUUUAUCACUCCAUUGAUGAAUAUGUUAACCGUGAUAUCUGCAUGUGAUAAAACCAAACGUGAAGCUGCAAAAGUCCCAAAAAUCUGCUACAAUUUAAUCUCUGACAGCACCGAUGAAGAGUACAUCAAAAAAGUCAAGUCUCUGGCAUUGCAAGGCGAACUGCAAAAACCAGAAUUCAGCGCAGCAGGAUUUUUAACAUUCGAUUAUUCCUUGGUGUUUCCAACAAUGACGUCGAUUCUAUCUUACUUUAUUGUGUUGAUACAAUUUCGCUCCUAAUCUACUCGUAAUGAAAACAAUAAUUAGUUAAUUGGUUAACGAGUUAAUAUCUACUAAUGUAUUUACUUGUUUAUCUGACCUGGAAUGGAGACGCAUACAGUUACUAAACGCACAUAACCUCAUUUCAACAUGACAUCUAAGCUGGUAUCAAACAAAACCUAUAAGAUUUUAUAUACUUUUGCCAGAUAUCUUGGUUUAUUCCCGAAUAUAAAUCUGACAACAGGCAAAGAAGAUAAAAAUAUAUUUUGUGUUUUAUUGAAUAUCAUAAUGAUAUUAAUCAUUUAUGUGUACAUAGCAUAUUCAAGACAUUGUAUAUUUUACGGUGAAAUGGCCCCGACUGCUUAUUAUGGUAUCAUAUUAUCGGAUAUGUCGAUUAUGACACAGAAUAUUCAUGGAAUUGUGAAAGCUUAUUCAUCACGUAAACGUAUUCUACGUAUAAUUCUUCAUUUUGAAAAAUUAUCGAAAAUUUUUGAAAAUGUCAACUCGCCGUUUAUAACAAAAAUAUCUACAAAAUUCACUAACAGAUAUGUUAUGGAAUUGAUAUUAUCAAAUGUAUGUUGUGUGAUUUAUAUGUUAUUGAAUUUUUAUGAAUGGAGGCAAUU